AAGCAGCAAAAAGCACCAACAGGCACAGAUCUCAAACUGCAAGCUCCAGCAGUGAAAGCAUCUUGUCAGCUCUGAAACAUUCCAGGGGACUGUAGCUGUUGGCAAGCUUAAUCGGAGGAGAAAAGACCGUGCAGAAAAUUAAUAAGAGGCAAGCUGACUGACAGUCACCAACAAGCUAUUACAAGGGGAGCAAAACACAUCUACAAAACGAGCAACAAAAUGAACUGCAAAAUCCAAGCAACCACUCUCUUGGCUCUAGCAUUUGUCUGUGCAUACUUCCCCGCAGAGGGCACCACCAAUCCACCCAGGUGUCUCUGCUUUGAAACUGUUAAAAUAGUGCCUCUCAGAUAUGUGGAGGACUUCUUAAUCAUUCCAAAAGAAGGACACUGCCCAAGUAUUCAAAUCAUACUUACAGUAAAUAAGGGAAACUCAGAAAUGGAAGUGUGCCUUAACCCCAAUUCAAAACAAGGCAAAAUGUUGGUUGCAUGUUGGGAAAGAAUUGGCCAUGAUCUCGUGAGGAAAAUAGAAUGCAUUCAGCCACGAAGAAUGAGAGAGGCACGCAACUAGAAAACAAAUCUGACCCAAAAGGAGAAGUAUUGGACUUAUGAUGUCAUCAGAGAAGAUGUUAAGGAAAAAAAGGAAAUUAACCUUCUUGAGUCCUGUGAUGUCCCUUGGAAUUUACAUCACAGGGUCGGCCAAUUCAAAAAGCACUCGAAUAUAUUAUUUUUUUCAAUCGCUAUUUCAGAAUCAAGAGCCAUGAAUUGUUCUCUCUUUUUCUUAUUUACUUUGAUUAAAUCUAUUGUCGAUUACUGGUGUUCAGGAUGUGUUGUAUGAAACUAGUGCAGUGAAGCAGUUAUUUAUAUAUUGUCAUUUAAUUCUAUAAGGUUACACUGAUGUUAAAAAUAUUAUUAGCAUUUUCAUGUCAAAUUUGUUCAAUAUGUAAAAUCAGAUAUAUAGCAUGUGGUGGCACAAUGUAACACAAGGCUUGCCCAAAGCCUUUAUAAAUAAUGAAUUCAGCCAGACUGAAAGAAGACCUUUGUGCUGCAGUUUGCAUUACUGAACUGAUUAAUCAUUGAUCACAUCAAGCAGGUCAGUGUUUAGUGUUUACACGAAUAAACUAUAGUGUAUCUGGAAAGAAAUGCACUUUAAAAAUAUUCAUUUAUUUUAUUUAUAUAUUGUUUAAUAUCGCGUAGGAUAUAUAUAAAGCAACAUUUCCAAAUGAUUUGUAGAACAGAAUAUGUAUUUUUCCAACUUGAGGAUAUUGCCAAGUAUAAAUUGACAUGUUUUGAACUAACAUAUUUCGUAUAUGUCAAUCCUGUGUUUUUCCUAGUGUUUUUUUAUUAAAUUAUUAAAUAAAAUUUAAUGAAAAAAGGAAAAAAAAA